AUGAAUGCAGAAUACGAAGGACUUCUGGCUUCAUGCAACGAACAACAAAUAUCAAUUUACACUGCUGUUAUGGAGUCCAUUAAAAAUAAUGAAGGGAAAACUUUUUUCAUUUAUGGUAGUGGGGGGUGUGGGAAGACUUAUUUAUGGAGAACGUUGAUUUCCAGGUUGAGAUCUGAAGGCCAGAUUGUUUUUCCUGUUGCUUCUUCGGGAAUAGCUGCCACAUUGCUUCCUGGUGGUAGAACUGCUCAUUCCCGUUUUAAAAUUCCAAUAUUGCUUGACGACUACUCUAUUUGCAACAUUUCACACAAUUCAGAUCUUGCUGAGUUGAUCAAGGAGACGAAGCUGAUAAUAUGGGAUGAAGCUCCCAUGCAGCAUCGUUAUGCUUUUGAAUGUGUGGACCGCACUUUACGUGACAUUAUGAAAUCUGUAGAUCCAAAGAAUUUUCACUUGCCGUUUGGUGGUAUCACUGUUAUUCUAGGUGGUGAUUUCCGUCAAAUAUUACCCGUUAUCUCAUUGGGUUCUCGUGCAGAUAUUGUUUCUUCUUCUAUAACUCGGUCUAGGAUUUGGUCUAUAUGUACUGUUUUUACACUAGAUCAAAACAUGCGAUUGAACCGUCCUAUAUCGGAUGAAGAGAAGGAGACAAUGAAAGCGUUUGUUGAGUUGGUUCUUGCAGUUGGUGACGGCCGUUACAAAUCACCUGGUGGAGUAUCAAACCCUAAAAAUGAAUAUGAGGUCGUUCUUCCAUCUGAUCUAUGUGAUUUUAAUGGAUCAAAUUCUUUAGAGAAGAUGUUUUCAGCUAUAUAUCCGCAAUUUGAAUCUAAAUUCAAAGAUGCUGGGUACCUUCGUGAACGUGCAAUUUUAACUCCGUUGAAUAAGACAGUCACGUAUUUGAAUGCUCUUAUUGUUGAUAAGCUCCCUGGUAAGUUAUAUUCAUAUUUCAGUGUAGAUUCUGCUGAAGAGUUUGCUGGGACUGAUAGUGAUUUAAGUUUAAGUUUCCCUGCUGAGUACCUUAACUCGCUUCAUACUCCUGGUUUACCACUUCAUGAGUUGAAAUUUAAAGAGGGUGUGAUUGUAAUGCUCAUGCGUAAUCUGAAUCAGACAAUUGUCUAUGUAACGGGACUCGCAUGAUUAUUACCAAAUGUCUGAAACAUUGUGUAGAAUGCGAGGUCAUAUCUGGUUCUUACGUUGGUACAAGGCACUACAUUCCUCGAAUUAACUGUUGUCCAACCGAUUCUAAGCUUCCUUUCAAGCUAAUUCGUAAACAGAUGCCUUUACAAGUGUGUUAUGUCAUAACCAUUAACAAAGCUCAAGGCCAGUCUUUGGAGUCUGUUGGUUUGUAUUUGCCCGAGCCUGUUUUCACUCAUGGGCAGCUUUACGUGGCUGUUAGUCGAGUUACCAGUCCAGCUGGUCUUAGGAUCUUUAUUGAUGAUACUGAGGGAGGAAGUACCUCUGUAACUGAUAACGUUGUAUUUAAAGAGGUUUUCUACAAUUUGCCUUCAGCUUAGUGUCUUGUGUUACAUAAUCAUAUCAACUUAUAAUUUGAAUGUUGUUUUUGGUAUAAUGUAUAAUAUGUUGAAUAAUUUCAGUAUAGGCGUGUUUUGUUUGAGAUAGAUGAGUGUAAUUGAACGCUUUAUUAGAAUUGAACGACAUGUUCAUAUAUUGAGAUGAGCGUGUACAAAGUUGAAGCCCAGUCCUUGAAGGCUGUUGGUUUUUUCCUGUCUGAGUGCGUCUUCACAAAUGGCAGCUUUACGUGGCUGUUAGUUGAGUUACAGUCCACUUGGUCUUAGAAUUAAUAUUGAUAAUGAUUUUGGAGCAAGUACCGGUUAAACUGCUAUUGUUGUGUUUAAAGAGGUUUUGAAAAAUUUCCCUACAAUUUACUGUAUUUGCUACAUUACUAAUGUCGCAAUUUUAACAAUCUUUUAUACAAAUGUGUGAAAUGUAAAGGGUUGAGUAAUUAAAUGUAUAGUCAUGUUAUGUUCGAGAUAAAUGGGUGUAAUUGAACGCUUUAAGAGAAGUAAACGACGUGUUCAUAUUCAUUUAAUGCAGCGUGUUUGUCUUUUGUGAUUAGAUUUAGUUACUAUAACGUUGUGGCAUAAGUCAAUGAAGAUGCCUGUCAAGUUUGUGUACAUCAAUGCCUUUGAUG